AUUAAUUUAGUUUAAUCAUAUGAAUUCGGCGAGCAACAGCAACCCAGUAAUAUAGUUGAAAAGAGCGAGACAAACACUAAACCAAAAAAAUACAAAUGAAUUAAGUGUUGGAGGAGAAGUUUAUUGAUUCUCAAUCGAAAUUCGAAACCCUAAUUCAAAAAUAAAUCAAAUGAAUCAGAAUCAGUAGAAAAAAUAGGUGUGUGCGUGUCUACACCGAAGGGGCUCCGAAGAGCCCCUUCAUCAGAGGUGGUGGUUUAUUCCGAACCACCACCUCCGGAAUCGCCGAAGAUGAAGAGCCUCUUCAAGCCUAAGCCCCGAACUCCUUCCGACAUUGUUCGUAACACUAGAGAUCUUCUCCGCUUUCUCCAACACGCGCCCGAUAUCAAGCGCGAUAACGACAAGGUGAUCGAGUUGUUUAAAAAUUUAAGGGAACUGAAAACGAUUCUUUAUGGAAAUAGUGAAGCUGAACCAGUCCCUGAAGCUUGUUCGCAGUUGACUCAGGAAUUCUUUAACGAAAAUACUUUUCGACUCCUUGUUCAGUGUCUUCCAAAAUUAAACUUAGAGGCUAGGAAAGAUGCCACUCAAGUUGUGGCGAAUUUACAGAGGCAACAGGUUCAGUCCAGGCUGAUUGCGUCUGAUUAUCUGGAAAAAAAUUUGGAUCUUAUGGAUAUUUUGAUAUCUGGAUAUGAAAACGCCGACAUGGCUUUGCACUAUGGUGCAAUGUUAAGGGAGUGCAUAAGACAUCAGAUUGUGGCAAAAUAUGUUCUGGAAUCACCUCAUAUGAAGAAGUUUUUUGAUUACAUUCAGAUUCCAAAUUUUGACAUAGCUGCAGAUGCCGCGGCAACUUUUAAGGAACUCAUGACGAGACAUAAAUCUACUGUAGCUGAAUUCCUUUCCAAGAAUUAUGAAUGGUUUUUUGAUGAAUAUAACUCCAAACUAUUGGAAUCUUCCAAUUAUAUUACAAGGCGUCAAGCUGUGAAGGUAUGGUGUGAGUUUUUGGCAUUUAUCUCAACUAUAAGAAUAUUGAACUAGGCAAGCAUGCAGAUG